AUGGAGCUUCCGGAACUACCACAUGAUAAAAUUAGAGAUACCGGUGAUAUUUCCAAUGAACAAUUCACAAGAAAGAAUCUUAAAACGAUUUUACAUCUUAUAACAGGAGAUUUAAAGAAAAGAGGUACUAAAACACCCCAUAUAUUUCUUCCCUUCAGAUCAAAAAUUGAUGAUUAUAAACUUGAAAAAUUCUUAACUUCAUUAUUUCCUAAUGGUGAGAUCUUGAGAGAUGAAAAUAUCAUUAUAGAGACUUUAAAAGGAUUCGAUGAGUUCACCAUAAUCUGUGGAUUGAAAUAUCUUUGGAGUAGAUUACCUAAUAACGAAUUGAUUGGUUGGGAUGUAUAUCUUGAAUUUAAACGAAAGGAGAAAGAAGCUGGGUAUCCUAAGUUAGCUUUCUUAACUAUAAUGCCCAAAUGUUUAUCAUCACCAGCUCAUGCUUCUAUAGUAUAUGAUUUUUUAGAUCUUUUGAUUAAUGUAUCAUCCAAUGCUCAGUAUAAUUAUUUAAGUGGUAGAAAGAUAGCUAAGAUGUCAAGUAUCUGGGCUUUCAAUAACUUAAGAAACAAUCACAAAUCAGCUUUCUUUGAUGCUACCAUAUCGAAAGAGAAUAAUUUUGUAACCGGACUUAAUGAUUGGGUUAAAUCUACUGAUGCAAUUUUUCAUUUAUUAUUAUCAUUCUUAAGAGCUAUGUUACCAGAAAAUGAAAUGGAAACUUUAAAAUUACCUAAAACCUUACAAAGUCUUCUAAUAACUAAUAGUUAUCCACCAUUGGAAAAUACUGAUUCAACAAAAUCUAUUAUAACUAUACCUUGUGUUUUGAUUAAAUCCACAAAACGAUCUUCAAGUCCAUUUGAAUUAAUAAGUAAAGUAAGACAUUCAUUAUCUUUUGAUAAAAAGGAUUCUUUCCUUUCAAUGGAAAAUUAUACCAUCUUAAAGAAUAUUUUUGAAAGAAAUUCAACCUCAGAAAUUGUUUCAUCCUUAACAGAAGAAUCAAGAAGAAUUUUAAAUCGUUUAACUGAAGAUUCAAUACCUUCCAAAUUCAAUCUUUACCCUGGAUGGUUGAAAGAUCAAGAUAAACCUCCAAUCGAUAGUAAUAUUCCCUUAUAUUCAGAAAUUUCUAUAACCAAUGUUUCAAUUCAAGAUUAUUAUAUUUGGGCUUGGUUAUCAACCUUAGCAUCUGAUCAACCAAGUAGUAAGAAAUUAUUAUUCGGUAGAAGUUUAGUAGUUGAAGCAGGUUUGAAAGGAUUUCAAAAAUGGUUAAUUCUUACCGAAGAGGUAAUUACAACCGAGGAAUAUCUUGAAAAAUUCAAAAAGAAUUCAUUACCUCCUCCACCUCCUGAUAAGGGUAAAAGAACGAUUUCUAAUGAAAGUUAUAAAGAUAUGCCUUUACCGGCCCCUCCACCACCUUCUAAGAGUGAAGAUUUCUUACCUUUACAACAUGAUGGAUUUUUACCUCCAAUAAAUUUCGAUAGUGAGGAUCAUAAGAUUGGUUUAGAUAUUCAAGAAGACGAUUAUUCUAGAUAUUUGAAUAAUUUGAAUUUGAGUGAUGACAAUAAAUCUUUGACUAGUAGUAAGAAGGGUUAUAGACCUCCACCACCAGUUUUAGACCAAUCUCCUCAACAACCUCAUCAACUGCAACAGCCUCAUCAACCGCAUAACUAUCCUCAGAAUGGUCAACAGCCUCACGAUUACUUACAGAAUAAUCAACCCCAGCAACCUCAUACAUACCAUCAACAACCCACACCACCAAAUUCCAGCGUAUACCCUAAUCCACAAGCUUAUGAAAGUAAUCAACUGUUACCUACUCAGACAACCUAUGAUUCUGAACUUGGAUCUCCUGGUAGAAUGGAAAGUAAUAUAAUCCAAGAAUACAUUGAACCUUACUCGACCUAUGAAACAGAGGAUGAUAGAGCUGCUAGAGGAUUACAAAGAGCGGCAGCCGAUCCAUAUGCGGAAUACUUUGUUCCUGGAGUUGAAAAUCAAGCUCCAAUUACAACUCAAGUAUUUGACCUGCCUCAAGAUUCACCCGAACCACAGACUGAAUCAGCUCCAAUUGGCCAAGCCAUCCCUCAAUUACAACCUGAACUUCAACCUCAACUUCAACCAGAAGAACUUCAAGAUGUUCCACCAUCUCCAACAAGUGAAUCUCCCGAUGAGAAUAAAGAGAAUGAUGAAAUCAAGAAGAAGAAAAAGAAGAAAAAGAAGAAGGAUAUGAAUUUCCCAUAUCCCUUCCCAGGUGGAAUGCCAGGAAUGCCACCAGGAAUGGCUCCAGGUAUGAUGCCACCAUUUAUGGACGGUAAAAUGGAAAAUAUGCCCAACAUGCCCAACAUGCCCAACAUGCCCAACAUGCCCAUGGGAUUCUUCCCUAUACCGCCAGGUAUGGAACCGCCAUCGCCGAAGAAGAAAGGGAAAAAGAAAAAGAAGAAGGAUGAUGCUUCUAAGUCUCCUACUGUACCAACUUUUGAAAUCACCCCAACGUCGCCACAGAAUUCUGAAAAUUCUAUCCAGAAACUGCCUCAAGGUCCUUUGAGGUCACCAGUUCAACCAAUGAAGGAGGUUAUCCAACAAGUUGCUCCCUCUCAACCCCCUGUUCAAACCCAAGCUCCUAAUGUCCAAACUCAGGCACAACCAGUGCAACCACAAGGUUCUCAUGUUCAACCUCAAGCUCAAUACCAACCUACUCAAGCUCCACAGGGCCAGCCAAUGAAACCUCCUCAUCACCAAUCACAAGUUCAUCAUCAACCAACACACCAACCUCAACAGACUCAACAUACACAUCAGCAACAAACACAUCAGCAACAUACACAUCAGCAACAACAGCCUCAAAUUCAAUCCCAACAUAGAGCUUAUGAUACCCGAACCCCUUCUCCUUCCAAAGAUUUGGGCCAUGGAAAACCCUUCCCUCCAAGUCCUCUGAAUUACUCACCCCAAAACCCAGGUCCAAAGGUUAAUGAUAGAAUUCCAACCAUGCUAACACCAAACUUAUCAGCUACAACACCAACAUUCACAAGUCCUCAAAGGCAACCAGUUUCACCUAAUGCCAAUAAGCAACAACCACCAGUUCCUGGACAAAACCCUGGACAUGUUAGAAGACCAUCGCAUAAUAUGCCUAAUUACCCCCCAGUGAAUCAAAAAGCACCAAAUCCACAAGCAUCACAUCCGGGUCAAGCACCAGCUCCACAAGCAUCACAUCCGGGUCAAGCACCAGCUCCACAAGCAUCACAUCCGGGACAAGCACCAAACCCACAAGCAUCACACCCACAAGCAUCACAUCCGGGCCAAGCACCAGCUCCACAAGCAUCACACCCGGGACAAGCACCACAACACCCACAAGGGCAUUAUCCAACUCCUCAAACACACCAACCACCACAUCCAGCAACCCAGGUACCUCCUCAGCAAAUGGCACCACCACCGGGACAAGCACCAGGUCAAGUACCACAAACACCAGGUCAAAUGGCACCAGGGCAAGUGCCUGGACAAAUUCCUGGACAAGCACCCGGCCAACCAGCCGCAUAUCCCUAUCCUUAUCCCCCUCAAGGUUACAAUUAUCCUCCACCUCAAGGAUAUCCUUAUUAUCCACCUCCACCUCAAGGAUACCCUUACUAUCCACCCCCACCCCAAGGAUACCCCCAAGGAUAUCCUCCACCUAAAGAAGAGAAAAAGAAAACAUCAUCUGAUUUCCAAAUGAUGAAUAUGCCUGCUGGUGGUAAGCUCAAUAAGAAUAAAGGUGCCAACAAAGCCAAUCUCAGGAAUGCUUUCAUUCAAGGUAGUUUUGGUAUCUAA